GGCCCCGAACGCUCUGCCUUCUGCCGCACAACACACUACCGACCGAGCUCGAGCCAGCCCACCCAUCAUCACCAAAGGCAAAGCCGGUCACUUCCGGCGAACGCAUCUCCUCGCCCUCCUCGAUCCGUCUACCAUCUCCUGGGCUUCUUCUCGGAGCGAGGGAUCAGCUGCCCCGGCUCCGGUCCUCUUCGCGUCCUCAGCCGUCGGGGUUGAUUUGUACUGGGCUUUCCAUAAGAAGGAAACACCUUAGGGAAUGCAGAAAGAUGUGCUUGCAUGUUAGAGAGCUACCGUGCGAGGAAAUAGGCAGGGUAGCCGCCCAUAUUUCUUCUUUGGCAGCUCUUGAUGACAUUGGGGCACAAGAAUAUACGCAGCUCUUGCUCCUUGUGCUUUCGCACAAUGGGGUUCGACGUGGCAUCUCAGCCAUCAUCUUAGAUCACCAUCUUGGCGGAGACGGUUGAAGUUUUCUAACACCUGCAGGCUCCUUGGUAGCCCACAGCAAGUCUUUGGGUCGGUGCCUUUUGUGUACAUAGCAUACAUCUGGUACGAUGACCGAGCACAAAGGAAAUGUUUUGAUGCAAAGGUAUGAGAUGGGGAAAUUGCUUGGGCAAGGGACUUUUGCCAAGGUUUAUCAUGCUCGUAACACUGAGACUUCAGAAAGUGUUGCAAUCAAGGUGAUUGACAAGGAUAAGGUUAUGAAAGUUGGGCUCAUCGAUCAGAUCAAGCGAGAGAUUUCUGUGAUGAAGUUGGUGAGGCAUCCAAAUAUUGUGCAGUUAUAUGAGGUCAUGGCUACCAAAACCAAGAUAUACUUUGUGUUGGAGCAUGUGAGAGGCGGAGAGUUGUUCAACAAAGUUCAGCGAGGAAGGCUCAAGGAAGAUGCUGCUCGAAAGUACUUCCAACAGCUGAUUUGCGCGGUGGACUUCUGCCACAGCAGGGGUGUUUACCACCGUGAUUUGAAGCCAGAAAAUCUUCUUCUUGAUGAGAAUAGCAAUUUGAAGGUUUCAGAUUUCGGUCUAAGCGCACUUGCUGAAUGCAAAAGACAAGAUGGCCUGCUCCACACAACCUGUGGCACACCUGCUUAUGUUGCUCCAGAAGUGAUCAAUAGAAAAGGUUAUGAUGGUGCAAAGGCUGACAUAUGGUCUUGUGGGGUGAUCCUCUUUGUGCUAUUGGCUGGAUAUCUCCCGUUCCAUGAUAAAAAUUUGAUGAAUAUGUACAAGAAGAUUGGGAAAGCAGAAUUCAAAUGUCCGAGAUGGUUUUCUACAGAUGUUCGAAGGCUUUUGCUGCGGAUUCUUGAACCUAACCCAAGUACAAGGAUCUCAAUGGAACAAAUCAUGGAGAAUCCAUGGUUUAGGAAAGGUCUAGAUGCAAAGCUACUCAGCCAUCAUUUACAAACAAAGGACGCUCCUCCCGUGGACAUGAAUGCAAAUUUGGAUUUCUUGAGUACCGACGUAAUAACAGAGAGCAAGCAACAAGAGGCAAGGAAGCCCACCAACUUGAAUGCAUUUGAUAUAAUUUCUCUAUCAACUGGAUUGGACCUCUCCGGUAUGUUUGAAGAAUCUGACAAGAGAGAGUCCAAAUUCACGUCCACCAGCACAGCCUCGACGAUCGUAUCGAAGAUUGAGGAUAUUGCGAAAAGCUUGCGGUUGAAGCUCACAAAGAAGGAUGGUGGUUUGUUUAAGAUGGAAGGUUCCAAGCUUGGAAGGAAAGGGGUGAUGGGUAUUGAUGCUGAGAUAUUCGAGGUUACCCCGAACUUCCAUCUUGUGGAGUUAAAGAAGACAAAUGGUGAUACUCUGGAGUACCAGAAGGUAUUGAACCAAGAGAUGAGGCCAGCGCUGAAGGACAUAGUAUGGGCUUGGCAAGGCGAGCAACCCAAGCAGCAACAGCAGCAGUCCUAUUAAAAACUGAGACAACAUUUUGUAUCUUGAUGCAAUUUCCGAUCGUUCAUGUAUUUAUGUAGUUUUUACUCAUUCUUUCGUUUUUGUUCCCCUUGUAUUAUCAAUAUAAUUUCCUGUGUUAUGUGAGGAAGAUUUUAUUUGAAGGCAUGAUUGUGUA